AACCUUCCCCUCUCCUCCUCGUCGUCUCGCACUUGCUGCCGCUUACGUAAAUUUUUCGGAGUAAGCGUGACCCUUUUGAAUUUUUUCCUAUUCGAUCGAUCAAAUUAUUAUACGAAAAUGUUCUCUACCGCCUGUAGAGCCGGUCGUUUGGCCGCGAAGUCGGUAGUGGACAAAUCUGUAGCCGACAAGACACCCUUAGUCGCUGGAGCUCUGGUCAACAAACGUGAUUAUGCAGCGAAGGCCGCAGGCAAGGGACAAGGUAAAGUAGUCGCUGUCAUCGGUGCCGUUGUCGACGUACAGUUCGAAGACAACCUGCCUCCCAUCCUCAAUGCCCUGGAAGUGCAGAACAGGCAGCCCCGGCUCGUGCUGGAGGUGGCGCAGCACUUGGGAGAGAACACGGUGCGCACCAUUGCCAUGGACGGUACCGAGGGUUUGGUGCGCGGACAGGCCGUGCACGACUCCGGUUCACCCAUCCGCAUCCCUGUAGGCGUGGAGACGCUCGGGCGCAUCAUGAACGUGAUCGGCGAGCCCAUCGACGAGCGCGGCCCCAUCCCAACCGACAAGAGGGCGGCCAUCCACGCCGAGGCGCCCGAGUUCGUGGAUAUGAGCGUAGAGCAAGAGAUCCUGGUCACCGGCAUCAAGGUCGUGGACCUGCUGGCGCCAUACGCCAAGGGAGGAAAGAUCGGCCUGUUCGGCGGCGCCGGUGUCGGCAAGACCGUACUCAUCAUGGAGCUCAUUAACAACGUGGCCAAGGCUCACGGUGGUUACUCCGUGUUCGCCGGCGUGGGCGAGCGCACACGCGAGGGUAACGAUCUGUACCAGGAAAUGAUUGAGUCUGGUGUCAUCUCCCUCAAGGACAAGACCUCCAAGGUGUCGCUGGUGUACGGCCAGAUGAACGAGCCCCCAGGCGCCCGUGCCCGUGUCGCCCUUACCGGUCUCACUGUGGCUGAGUACUUCCGUGACCAGGAGGGUCAGGAUGUGCUGCUCUUUAUUGACAACAUCUUCCGUUUCACUCAGGCUGGUUCUGAAGUGUCUGCCCUGCUGGGUCGUAUCCCGUCUGCUGUGGGUUACCAGCCAACUUUGGCCACUGACAUGGGUACUAUGCAGGAGAGAAUUACCACCACCAAGAAGGGCUCCAUCACCUCAGUACAGGCCAUCUACGUGCCCGCUGAUGACUUGACCGAUCCCGCCCCGGCCACCACUUUCGCUCACUUGGACGCCACGACUGUGUUGUCACGUGCCAUUGCAGAGCUGGGCAUCUACCCCGCUGUGGAUCCUCUCGACUCCACCUCGCGUAUCAUGGACCCCAACAUCAUCGGCGCCGAGCACUACAACGUCGCCCGUGACGUGCAGAAGAUCCUGCAGGACUACAAGUCGCUCCAGGACAUCAUCGCCAUCCUGGGUAUGGACGAGUUGUCCGAGGAGGACAAGCUGACGGUGUCGCGCGCGCGCAAGAUCCAGAGGUUCCUGUCGCAGCCCUUCCAGGUGGCCGAGGUGUUCACUGGCCACGCCGGCAAGUUGGUGCCACUCGAGGAGACCAUCAAGGGCUUCUCUAAGAUCCUGCAGGGCGAGUUUGACCACCUGCCCGAGGUCGCCUUCUACAUGGUCGGGCCCAUCGAGGAAGUUGUCGCCAAGGCUGAGACUCUAGCCAAGAGCACCUAAAUAAAUGUAUCAAUCAUGUAGUGUAAGGAAGAAUAUAGUCUAUUUAUUGGAAUUAAAGACGGAAACGGAAAGGACUAAGGUUUAUGUUUUGUUCAGUAAUAGUUUACAUUGCUAUAACAUUUUAAAUAAUGUAAUCCAAUAUAGUCAUUAUGGAAGUAGUACCGAUAUUGUAAAUAUCUAAAGAAAAAUCCAACUGAAUCAUGUAAUGUCUGAACCGAACACUUUGCGGUGCAUUUU